AUGGCAAAGUUUGCGGGCGGCACCUGCCUCAUCCGCAUCAUGAUGGUGAUGUUUGCCGGCUGCUUGUCCUUCAAGUUGUCGGAGCCGCUGGGCGGCACAGAGACUCAGGGGCCUCCCGGAAGUGUCGAGGGGCCCGAAGAUGCCAGCAGCGCUGAGAGAGAUGGCUUGGGUGGUCUCGGAAAGAACCUGAACUUCCUUCUUGUGAAGGUGGCGCAGCUCGAGGCUCUUGCCGAAAUGCAGCAAGCGGAGAUUGCCACACACCGCCUGGAGAUCGCAUCCCUUAAGAAAGAGCGGCACAGCUACUCCGACUCCCCGACCGCCGAGGUGCCUUCCAAGCCCCGCGGCAUCUUGCUGGAGACGCAGUCGGAAGAGGAAGCCAAGACCCGGCUGGACGAGACCACGGCCGUCCUGAAGAACGUCUGGCGGAAGCACGAGCACCAGCGCCGGACCGGCCUUGGAGCUUCGAAGAACGAGACCGCAAGCCUCGCAGCCGAGACUAAGGAGGAUGCGGAGAAGAUUAAUCCGAUAGACUGGGUCACCGAUCCGGUGGGUACCUUGAAAAGUGGAUUCGAUGCACUUUCUUCCACGGCUGACAAGGUGAACUAUGCCAAAGACCAGCUGGCGACUCACGCGUUUGACACCGUGGAGAAGGCAACGACGCUCCUGGAGAAUGUCCUCGAUCUCCCAGGCUUUCGGGACUUUUGGGUGAAGCUUCACAGGCCCCAGGUGCCAAGUUUCGACACAAGCACUGGGAAGCUGAAGCUCGGCAAAAUUAAGAUUGAGAUCAAUUUGAUCAAUGUGAACAAGCAGUGGGAGCUGGACUUGGGGACUAUCGACCUACCAGGGACGCUGAAGGAGGUGGCCACCACCUCUCUCGCGACUGUUCAGGGGGCGAUGAGCCUUGGAGGGGAGCUCGCCGGUUGCUCGAAUUGGCACUUGCCUGGUGAAGCCGUGAGGUGCAUCGGGAACAAGAUCGUCGAUUUGUUUGCCCAGCUUAAGACGGUGGCCACCACCUCUCUCACGUUUGUUCAGGGGGCGAUGAGCCUUGGAGGGGAGCUCCAAAGUUGCGCGAAUUGGCACUUGCCUGGUGAAGCCGUGAAGUGCUUCGCGGGCAAGACGAUCGAGAAGGUGGAGGAGCUGAACUUUCCUGGCGACAGCGCCGUCCAGCAAGUUCAGAAGAUGAUCACGGUGGGACGGGACCUGGACUGUCCGAAUUGGCAUUUGAACAGUGGCCUCGUCACGUGCCUUGGCACCAAGAUCAUCGACAAGGUUCCUCCGCUGAAAGCCACGGUCAAUGUGGGCCAUGAACUUUCUGCCUGCUCCCAGCAGACGGGGGAUGCGCUCAUGCAGUGCCUCGGCACAAUUAUCAUCGAAAACACCCCUCCCUUCAGCUAUCUGAGCCAUCUGGGCGAUGUACUCUCCGAGUUCCUGGAGGGCUUCGCGAAGAUAGCGGGCACCGUGGCCAAGCAGGUCCUGAAGGGCAGUAGCUCCUUGAUCCAGGAGGCGGCUCUCUCGAAGUUCCCGGCCAUAGGAGCCCCAGCCGCAGUGCACCACUCAGCUCAAAGCCUUGUGAUCACGAAGCAUACGCAGAAGCAGGGGAAGCUCUCGACACUACAGAUGGAGGGCAACAAAACGAGAGAUGGAUGGUCCUUCAAGCUGCACGACGAGGGGUCCAACUAUCAGUCCAAGCUGAUCACCCAGUUCCACGGCUACGAAAGGGACACCAGCUCCUGCUUGGCCUUUGCCCCAAAAAGCCGGCAGCAAGCUGGCCAGGUGAGCGAAUCAGACUGGCAGGUCACCGACCCGAACGACUUUGUGCAACUGGAACCCUGGGCAGUGCCCUGCGGCACUGACUGGAUGAAGGAACACGAAAGCAAGUGGCAAGGCUACUCCUUCUACACGGGAGAGCUGAACAUCGAGCAGUGCGUGACAGUGUCCUACGGUGUGAACGUGCAGCCUGUUGCUGCCUUUGUGGCCGGGGUGCAGAUUGAUGUGAUGCCCAAGCCAUUGGUUACUGUGGACUCGACUGUCUGCUGGCCCAAGCAACGUCCCGACGGCCAGGACCUGAGCAUGCUGCGAAUGAAGAUCUCGUCCAGCGGCGUGCUACUCUUUUCCAAAACACUCCGCUUGGCCAAGCGCUACAAGGACCCCACAGACUUCGUGGACCACCAUGGCAACUUGCACCGCACCAUGGCCAACUGGGAGCAAGAAACAAACCCGCGAGCUUCGAUAAGCCGCACAAAGCUGAUGCAGAUGGAGGCUUAUCAGACCCACAACCAGUCGCACCAGGCUGGAAAGGACGAGGCGGAGCAAGGAGUCUUCGAAUGGAUGGAAGACGAGGACACCUACCUGGCCUCCGCCAACUACUCCCCAGAGCUUGGGGUGAACUUGACCUCUGAACUGCAUGGGCUGGAGGCCCAAAAGCGCCUAAGCUUGGCGGCCGCAAAAAGUGAAGGAGUUUUCCAGCUCUUCAACUUCCAGCACGACGGGAGCGUAAGCUUCGAUUUCCAGGCCCUUAUGGAUGGGAAGUUCCUGGAGAUGCGCAUGCAGAUGGGCUUCGGACCUUUCCAGUCUAAGCCGAAGACGGUCAAGCUGGUGGACAUCACAAACCAGUUCGAGGUGGUACUGUAUGCCCUCCCCUUCAUUUCCAUGGCCAGCAGGGCCAGGGCCAUUGACGCUCUCAACACCUUCACGCACGACAUGCCGCCGCCCAUCGUUCUGGAGCCCGGCACGACCGUGGCCGUUUGGAACCAUUUCUUCCAGCGGUACCUGGUCGGCACGAGCACAGGUGCUGUCGGUUCAGGUCCUACCCACAACUUCGAUCUAGGCCUUCCUAACGCUUGGCAUCUGGAGCGCUGGACUGUGGUGGAUGCGGGCGAGGGCAAGAUCGCACUGCACCACCCGAGGUACAAUGGGUUCAUGAGCCUCGCAGCCUCCGGGCUCUCUCUGAAGCACGGUGCUGUGACGGACUUUCAUCCUGCCGGUGGCUGGGAAGCCGAGACUUUCGUCGUGGUGAGUCGGGGUGGUGGGACAGACCUUUUCGGCUUGCAGAACCCGGCGACCAAGCGCUUCGUUUCCUGUGGGGCACACCACGACACCUAUGUGAGCCCCCCGUCCGACACCUUCGUUCCAGGAUGGACGCAUCAGGAGUUCCGUGUGGAGGUGCUGAAACCGCGCCUGAAGGUUGGCAGCACGGUGGGACUCUGGAGCCCGCUCCGCAAGCACUGGCUCCGCCUGAACCACGGGGACCUGGACAAGGGUGGCAACGUGAUGAUGCCUGACCAGCAGCCCAACUUGGGAUAUCAAACCGAUUGGGAGAAAUUCUUGGUGGUGGAUGCUGACAAUGGAGACCUCGCGUUGUGGAACCCCUUCUUCAAGACCUUCGUGAUGAUCGAAAACGGAGAUGCUCGAGCCAGUGCCGCCAUUUAUCCUCAAGAGCUCCCCAGCAUCUGGCCAUCAUGCAAGUUCCAAGUCGUCCCAACCCACGAUGGUUCCAUCAGCUUGCACUUUCAGGAAGGCUUCCUGGCCAUGGGCGCAGAGCCCGGUGCCGCUGGCGUUUUCCACACCGGUUGGACCAUCCAGUCGCUGCCGGACGCGGACGAGGCAAAAGCAUCGAUUCUUUCCACACGCAGCCUUGCCUGGAGGAACGCUGCCGCAGACGCUGCCCGCAUUGACACAAAAGGCGUCCUCCACAAGUGCCUGGAUCUCGCGCGCUGGUUUGGGCUUUUCGCUGUCGUUUCCCAGCCUACGCCGCCUCGCUCCUCGAGCUGCCGCCCCUGA